UUGUCACACCAAAGAACGCUUUGGAAAGAAGAGAAUGGACAAACGUACGAAAAAAGUUUGCGGCCGACAGUUACAGUGAUCAUAUGAUGCUUUUAAGGGCGUUUCAGUUUUGGCAGAAGGCAAGGUCUGAAGGUUGGGAGAAAAGCUACUGUCAAAAAAAUUAUAUUUCGUCAGCGGCGUUUGAAACAAUCACGAUAAUACGUACACAGUUGCUUGGUCAGCUCCGUGCAUCCGGCUUCGUAAAAGCCAGAGGCUGUGGGGAUAUCCGAGAUCUCAACACAAACUCUGAGAAUUGGGCCGUGGUAAAAGCCGCAAUCGUUUCCGGAAUGUACCCCAACUUUGCUCGCGUGGACAAAGAAAGAGAACGUUUGGAGAGAAUAGCCUGCAGAACGAAUGAGUCGGUACACUUACAUCCGCACUCGGUUUUGGCAAUUUCGAACAACGGCUCACCCUUACGUUACUCCUGCCUACCUUCUGGGUGGUUAGUCUACGACGAACACAUCUGCAUUCCAAAUGCCAAGGAACACUUGGCGGAUGCCACCACAAUGCAUGGAAUAAAGGAGGAACUUGCAGCUCACUCAUCAAGUGAGCGUCCACAAUCUGGGGCCGACAGGCAAGACUUGUUCCAUGACAAUUUCGACGGGGUCUGGGAAAAAACUACGCAUACCGUAAUUCGUUGUGCCACCAUUGUGUCGCCGAUAACAAUUGCAUUAAUCGGUGGUCCAAUGCGACUUCGGUCGGAUAUACUGAAUGAAGUCGAAAAUGAUGCUCAAGGUAUGUAA